AUGCCAGGCAUGGGCGGCAUUGCCAACGCUCAGCUCCUGCACGGACCAGCUCUCUCAUACAACAACAUCCUCGACGCCGACGCAGCCCUCAAGGCCGUUCGCGAGUUUAGCGGUGGCGCCUGCUGUGUGAUCAAGCACACCAACCCAUGUGGACUGUCGAUGCACGAGAACCAGACUGAGGCCUACACUCGCGCCUUCAACGGCGACCCCAAGUCUGCCUACGGUGGCAUUCUGGGAUUCAACCGCACAUUGACCUUUGAGACUGCCAAGGCCUUCAAGGGUACCUUCUACGAGGUGAUCAUCGCCCCAGACUACGAGCAGGAGGCCCUCGAUCAUCUCAAGAAGAGAGAGAAGCUGAGAGUUCUCAGAAUCCCAGAGGCCGCCACCCAAGUGGCCUUCUCCCAGCCAGACGUCAGAACCAUCACUGGAGGCGCUCUGCUGCAGCAGCCCAACCCCAUCAUCAUUGGCGACGUCGAGACUGCCACCAAGAACUGGAAGGUCGUCACCAAGGUUGCCCCAACCCCGGAGCAGAUGCGCGACCUCCUCUUUGCCUGGAGAGUCAGCAAGCAUGUCAAGUCCAACGCCAUUGUCGUCGCCCACGAGGAGACCAUCGUGGCCAUUGGCGCCGGCCAGCCCAACCGUGUGCAGUCCGUGCACAUCUGUAUGCGUGUCGGUGGCGACAAGGUCAAGGGAUCAGUGCUCGCCUCUGAUGCCUUCUUCCCAUUCGCUGACAGCAUUGACACUGCCCACGAGGCUCAGAUCAGCUGCAUCGUCCAGCCAGGUGGUAGCAUUCGUGACCAAGAGGUCAUCGAUGCCGCCGACAAGGUUGGAAUCCCAAUGGUGUUCACUGGAAACAGAAACUUCCUGCAUUAA